AUGAGAAUAUUAUCAUACUGGGUCUUCCCCAUCAUAUCGGGCCUUGUCUGGCUCGGGAUGUUGCUGGGAAUGCUCCUCUACUGGAUCAUCGACACGCACCGCAGAAUCUACCCGUCCAUGUCGCCGCCCCAGACCAUUGCCUACAUCAGCGAUGUGGGCGCCUACUAUCUGAAACCUCUCUUCAUCACCGGCUGCGUCCUCACCACCGUCUUCCUCGACCUCUCCUUCUUCUCCGACCGCUGGCUCCGCCACAAGGGCCGCCUCGUACCAAACACCUCUAUCGGCGAGAAGAUCCUUUACGGCUUCACUAUAUUCUUUGCACUCGUCGGCACCGUCGGCCUCAUCUGCCUUAGCAUCUUCGACACCUACCGCCACAAAAACCUCCACCUCUUAUUCCUUCUCUUCUUCAUGGGCGGCUACCUCAUCUCGGCCAUCUUCAUCUGCUGGGAGUACCAGCGCCUCGGAAUUAAGUACCCGGAUCACCGUUACCUCGCCGCCUCCUUCUGGAUCAAACUCGUCUUCAUCCUCGUCGAGAUUGUCCUCGCCAUCGCCUUCAUCGUCUGCAAUUUUAAAGACAUUUACAACGCGGCCGCCAUCCUCGAGUGGAUCGUUGCAUUCAUCUUCUCGUUUUACAUCUUCUCCUUCACUGUCGACUUGCUGCCCGCGGCCAAGACGAGGAACGAGGCAAACCGGUUUUCGAAACCGGGGAUGAGUCAGUGGAGCGGCAGCGGUAGCGGCCCGGGGAACUUUUAG